CGUUUCUGCUGUCUGACUUUUACAGUAUGCCGUUGCUCUAUCACGUGACCUCAGAAAACGCUAAAACAGGAGCAGGUGGUCGCUAAGACUUGCUGAUGCUCUGGAUGUAAAAUGUCAGAUAAAGGUUCUCGAACAGGAACCCCAAAAGGGGGUUCUAGGAAAAGCUCAAAAGCUGGGACCCCACGUGGUUCUAAAAGUGGAACGCCAAAAGGCUCUAAAAGCAAUACUCCAUUGCCAACAGAUCCUCCACCUGUAACUCAGGAAAUCACAGAGGAGGAAUCCCAGGCUGCUGGUGCUUCAAAUGGUGCCUUACAACCAACUGAAGUUGAUAUAACAGCUGCAGGUACAUCUAAUGGGACAGUAGAAACCGAGCCAGAGACUGAACAAGAAGAAGUAGAGGAAGAAGACAAGGGACCCAGUGUGCUUUCAUUGAUCAAAGAAAGAAUCACAGUUCAAGGCUUGACAGAGGAGUUAUGGAAGGAAAUUCAUGAUGAUGCAAUAAAUCAAUUCAUCAAUGACCCGGGUACUAAAAUGAUGGUAGCUUACAUGGACCCAUACAAAGGAUUUCUGAUAGAACAUGCAAUCCCAGCCUAUUUAGUAGACCAGCUGACUUAUUUCAUCAAAGCCAGCAGCAUUAAAGAACUCAAUGCAGAAACCUUUCUCAACAAAGUACAGUAUGGCACUAUCAAAGGAAAUCAGAUUGAGAGCUUGCUCAGAAUGAUGAUGGGCAUCUAUGCUCCAAUUUUCUUUGAGAACACAACAUGGCCAGACAGUAUAAAAAAUGAUUUCUCAGCACAGCUGCAUAAGUUUCUGGCAAAUCUGACCGACACCAGGUGGAAGUUGGAGGGGAAGACUGUUCUGUACAUCCCCACAGAGGGUCUGAAACUCCCCGCUGAGGAAGCGGCCAAGAAUAAAGACCUCGUACAGAGACUGGAGACUGCAAUGAUACACUGGGCCAGACAGAUAAAAGAAGUUCUCAGUAAUCAGGACGCUUUUGAAAUGGCGGAAAACUCAGGUCCAUUAGAUGAGAUCGAAUUCUGGAAAAAUCGCUGUGCAGAUUUGACUGGCAUUAGUACUCAGCUGGACAAACCAGGUGUCAAAAAAAUCACGGAGAUCCUGACUCUGGCUAAAUCCUCUUAUGUAGGACCCUUCCUUAAACUGUCCAGUGAAAUCAAGGAGGGGUCUCGCCAGGCAGAAAGCAAUCUGAAAUUUCUUUUGGUUCUCAAAGAUCCUUGUUAUGAAUUGUCUGAAGCCAAACCAAAGGAUAUACCAGCUAUGUUACCCAAAAUUUUGAAUACCAUCAGAUUUAUCUGGGUGAAUUCUGAAUUCUACAAAACAAGGGAGAGACUUACAGGAAUUCUAAAAAAGAUCAGCAAUGAAGUAAUCCGGAGGUGUUGUAGGGACAUCAAUCUAGAUAAAAUAUUUGAUGGUUAUGUCCAAACAGGACUUAAGUCACUCAAUGACAGCAUUGACUGCUGUGAACAGUGGAAGGAAAUCUACAGAAAAACAGCCAGAUUGCAUCACAAAUUCUCUCCUGUUGGAUGGGUGUUGGACAAAAGCAGCAUUUUUGCACAAAUUGAUGCAUUCAUUCAAAGAUGCAAAGACUUGAUUGAAGUUUGUGAGGCUCAAAUUCAUUUUGCUCGUCGUGAAGAUGGUGAGAAAAUGGAAAUGCCCCAUUUUGCUGGACAGAAGGGACCAGAGAUUGCACGAGGCCUGAUGGAGAUCGAGGCAGCUUUUGAGCGAAACCUCAACCAGUUGAGAUCAGUAAAGAGUACAAUACUGGAUGUAAAGGCAACAUCCUGGCAUGAUGACUAUAACAGGUUCCGAGCCGGAAUAAAGGAUCUAGAGGUGAUGAUGACUAAUGUGAUCACAUCUGCAUUUGACACUGUCACGACUGUGGAACAAGGAGUUGAGUUACUGGACAUCUUCAUGCAUUUAUCUUCACGAGAGGCUAUAAGGAGAACCAUUGAUAAGAAGAAUGUAGAUGUCUACCUGAUGUUUAACGAUGAACUGAAUGCUGUGAAGAAGGAACUCACCAACAAAGCCAAGUCUGCCAUUCCCUGGCAUCCAAAGUUUGCCGGACAAGCUCUGUGGGCCAGGCAGCUAAAGAGGAGGAUUGAGAGGGUCAUGAUGGUUCUGGACAGAGCAUUCUUUCUACCUCCCACAGGGAAGAGUGAAGAAGUGAGGACCCAGUACCAGCAGCUAUGUCAGGCUCUGGACGAGUACAUCAGAAAAACAUUCCACGAGUGGACGCUGACUGUCGACAAGGAGCCUGAGAAGUUAUUGGAAGUACCGCUAAUGUGUAGAAGCUCUGAGAGACCCCCAAUGUUGGAUAUCAACUUUAAUAGAGGCUUGCUGAAGAUGUUCCAGGAGAUCCACUACUGGGAGAGGCUGAUGUUUGAGAUUCCUCAUUAUGCUACAAAUGUGUACAACAAACGGGAGGAUCUAAGAUCUCUCCGAGAACAUGUCCUCCUUGUUGUAAGGGACUACAACAGGAUCAUAGCUGCAUUAUCCUUGGAAGAAAGAGGAUUAUUCAGAGAGAGAAUCCGAUUCCUGGACAAGAAAAUACACCCAGGACUUACAAAAUUGACUUGGGCUUCCAAGGGAAUUUCGGACUAUUUUGUGACAGAUUGUCGGAUUAAUGCAGCCAAAAUCCAAGCAAUGGUGGAUGACUACAAGGGAGCUAACCAGGAGAUCUCUACAAUGUGUGUCAAAAUUAGUGAACUGUCCCUGAUCAAGAUUGACAACAGAAAAGUCUAUGAGAAUCUGGAGUUUGAUGAGGAACAGGCAAAACAUCGAGAAUUCACCACUGAAAAGCUGAAGACUAUGCAUAUGGAAAUAGUUCGAGUCAUGAAGAAAACAUUUGAAAUCUUCAAAACAGAUGGACAAGAGGUACAACAACAUUGGGUGCGGUACUUGGAGAAGAUGGACAGAAUGGUAGAGGAGGCAUUUAGACUGAAUGUGAAAUGGUCGCUACAAGAAUUAUCCAAGGCAAUCAAUGGUGACGGCAAGUCAGCUCCCAACCCGCUGUUCCGUGUGAAAGUCUGCUUGCAGGGAGACAAGGUUGAGUUUCAGCCCACACUAAAGCAGUUGGCCGCUGUGAUUGGAGGAAUUGGCAGUCAGCUGACUAAUUCUAUCAAAGGAAUCAACAGACUCCCACUAAUACUGGCCAAAAAGAAGUCAACAAAGGAGCCUAUAUUUGCGGUAAUAGCAUCUGAUGAAGAAACCAAAAAGAUACAAACUGUCAUCAAUCAAGGUAUGGCAACAAAUGCUCAGAACCUGCAGAAUUACCUCAGCACUUGGGACAACUACAGAGAGAUUUGGGAGAUCAAUAAAGAUGCCUUCAUUAGGAGAUAUCAGAACCUCAACCCACAGGUGGCUUCCUUUGAUGCUGAUAUUGCUAGGUAUGAUGAGGUGGCCAAUAAUGUCCAGACCCAGGAGACCAUUUUAAACAUACAGUUUGUUCUUCUGGACUGCUCUCCUUUGAAGUAUGCCAUUCUUAGUCACUGCACUGAGUGGCAAAACAAAUUUACCACUUUACUCAGUACCAUCGCCACUACUCGACUCAAGGAGCUACACACAUUCCUUAAAGAAAAUGGAGAGAAUGUCAGCAAACCACCACAGACAUUGGAUGAGCUAGGAGAAAGUCUUACCUUGUGGGAGAAGUUGAAUGGUGGUUUAGCAGAGACAGAGGCCAAAUUCCCACCUCUUCAUGAUCAAUUCAGCAUCCUGGAAAAAUAUGAAGUUGCAAUCAAAGAGGAUGUGACAACUAUGUUAUCUGAGCUCAGCAAUGAUUGGGUAGAAUUCCAGCAGAAAUUAAUUGAUUCUGAACAGAUGCUUAAAAAACACAAGGAAAAAUUCAGAAGUGGAUUGCUGGCCCAGUCUGAAGAAUUCAAGAAACAAGUUCACAAUUUGGUUGAUGAAUUCCAAACCAAAGGACCAUUCACCAGUAGCAUCGCCACAGCAGAGGCUCUGGAGAACAUCAACAACAUCCGAUCUCAGAUGGAGGCUCUAAAGAAACAAGAACAAGAGAUUCGGAAAGGACUUAACAUCUUCAAGAUUGAUCAACCACCAUCAAAGGAGAUUGCAAAUCUAGAGAAAGAUCUGGAGGUAAUUGAGACUAUUUGGAACCUGAACAAAGAAUGGGAAGGCCUCUGGGGAGAUUGGAAAGGGAAUCAGUUUACUCAGCUUCAGACUGAAAAUAUGGAGACUUCCUCACAGACAAUAUACAAGAAACUGAACAGGAUGAGCAAAGAAUUAAAGGAUAAGAAUUGGGAAGUUGUGGAAACAAGCAGGAACCGUGUGGAUCAGUUUAAGAGAACAAUGCCACUGAUUACUGAUCUAAAGAACAAAGCUAUGCGGCCACGUCACUGGGACAAAAUCCAGACUGAGAUGCAGCGUCAAUUUGAUCACAAAUCAGAAGACUUCACUUUGGAAAAGAUCAUAGAAUUUGGAUUUGAUCAGUAUGCUGAAACCAUUGGUGACAUAUCUGGUGCUGCAACCAAGGAAUUGGCAAUUGAACAGGGUCUGGAAGCUAUUGCCAGAACAUGGGAGAGUACAGAACUGGAUAUAACAUCGUACAAAGACAGGGGUCAUUUCAAAGUCAGGAGUACAGAUGAUGUGUUCACAGCUCUGGAGGACAAUCAAGUCCAACUCUCCACAAUGAAAGCCUCAAGAUUUGUCAAGGCCUUUGAACAGGAAGUUGAUAAAUGGGAAAGGACUCUGUCUCACAUCCUGGAAGUAGUAGAGAUGCUGCUUACUGUUCAGCGACAAUGGAUGUAUCUCGAGAAUAUCUUCCUGGGAGAAGACAUCAGGAAACAGUUACCACGGGAGUCGGCAGACUUUGAUGACGUUAAUGCCAAGUGGAAAGUCAUUAUGACUAGGCUGAACAAGGACCGGAAUGCCCUGAGAGGAACUCAUCAUGAAGGUUUGCUUGAGGAACUGAAUGACAUGAAUGUGAAGCUGGAGGAGAUUCAGAAAUCACUGGACAUGUAUCUGGAAACCAAGCGUCAGAUCUUCCCACGAUUCUACUUCCUGUCUAACGAUGACUUAUUAGAAAUUCUAGGACAGUCCAAAAAUCCCAAAGCAGUUCAGCCUCACCUCAAAAAAUGCUUUGACAACAUCAAGAGCUUAGAUAUGAACAAGCCUGGACUGAAAUGGGAGGCUAAUGCUAUGAUAUCCUCAGAUGGAGAAGUGGUGCCCUAUGAGAGGCCUGUUUACUUGGAUGGCCCGGUUGAGUCUUGGUUAUGUGACGUGGAGAAGACAAUGAGAUGGACUUUACAAGAUGAACUUAAGAAAUGUAAAGGAAAUUUAAAACAAAAGCAUGGAAUGACAAAGAGAGACAAGUGGAUUAAGGACCAUCCUGGUCAGUUGUGUAUUACAGCCAGUCAGAUUCAGUGGACAGCUGAUGUCGAGAAAGCCCUGAGGCUGACCAAAGACAGAGGAGACAAGAAAGCACUCAAAACCAUGAAAAAGAAACAAGUAGCCAUGUUGAACAAGCUGUCUGAAGCCAUCCGAGGAAAACUUGAAAAAAUGCAGCGUUUGAAAAUUGUGGCUCUUGUGACCAUUGAGAUUCAUGCUAGAGACAUUAUUGAGAAACUAAUUAAAGGGGGUGUGUCUGAUGAAAAUGCCUUUGAAUGGCUGAGCCAGCUGAGACUUUACUGGGAAAAGCCCCCAAUCGAUAACUGUGUUGUGAAGCAGACUAAUACACAGUUCCCUUAUGGCUAUGAGUACCUGGGAAAUUCUGGUCGUCUAGUCAUCACCCCACUCACUGACAGAUGUUACGUUACCCUGACAACAGCACUUCACCUCCAUCGAGGAGGGAGUCCUAAAGGCCCCGCAGGAACAGGAAAAACAGAGACUGUCAAAGAUUUGGGCAAAUCCCUGGGCAUGUACGUCAUUGUUGUCAACUGCUCCGAGGGUUUGGAUUACAAAUCUAUGGGCAAAAUGUUCUCAGGUCUAGCCCAGACUGGUGCAUGGGGUUGCUUUGACGAGUUUAACAGAAUCAAUAUUGAGGUGCUGUCUGUAGUUGCCCAGCAGAUCCUGGCCAUUUUACUGGCCUUGUCAACUGGACAAGCCAGAUUUGUGUUUGAGGGAAGAGAAAUUGAUCUGGUGUGGUCUUGUGGAAUCUUCAUCACAAUGAAUCCAGGAUAUGCCGGUAGAACAGAAUUACCAGACAACUUGAAAUCCAUGUUCCGUCCCAUUGCUAUGGUUGUUCCAGACUCUGCCAUGAUCUCUGAAAUCAUUCUGUUUGGAGAAGGCUUUGGAAAUACCAGGGUUCUUGCCAAGAAAGUGUACACUCUGUAUUCCUUGGCCGAGCAGCAGUUGUCCAAACAGGAUCACUAUGACUUUGGUUUACGUGCCUUAGUGUCCGUGUUGAGAUACGCAGGUGCCAAGAAGAGGUCCAAUCCCAACAUGCCUGAUGAAGAGAUCUUACUCCUGUCCAUGAAGGAUAUGAAUGUGGCUAAGCUUACAUCCACAGAUCUGCCACUGUUUAAUGGCAUUAUGUCGGACCUUUUCCCAGGAAUAGAAACUCCCACCAUUGACUACUCGGAGAUGAAGAAAGCUAUUCAGGCGGAGCUAAAGAAUAACAGUCUGCAGGUCAACACCCAUACAGUAACAAAGAUCAUACAGCUGUACGAGACAAAGAGCUCUCGUCACUCUGUGAUGAUUGUGGGUGGUACCCAGUCAGGAAAAACAGUUAGCUGGCGAAUGUUACAGUCGGCCAUGACAAGACUGAACAAAGAGGGAGCGGCUUAUCAGGCAGUCAAGGACUUUCCUCUGAAUCCCAAGUCUCUGUCUCUAGGAGAGCUUUAUGGUGAAUUUGACAUCAAUACAAAUGAGUGGACAGACGGUGUACUGUCAAGUGUGAUGAGGCAGACCUGUGCAGAUGAGAAGCCAGAUGAGAAGUGGCUGGUCUUUGAUGGACCAGUGGACACUCUUUGGAUAGAAAGCAUGAACUCAGUGAUGGACGACAAUAAAAUUCUGACCCUGAUCAAUGGCGAGCGCAUUGCUAUGCCUGAACAAGUGUCUCUUCUGUUCGAGGUGGAGGAUCUAGCAGUGGCUUCCCCUGCCACCGUGUCUCGAUGUGGUAUGGUGUACGCAGAUUACCAAGACAUAGGCUGGCAGCCAUAUGUAGAAUCCUGGUUGGAAAAGAAAAAGGAGAAUAAGCCUUUGGUGGAAGAACUCCGUAGACUGUUUGAUAAGUACCUGGUUAAGAUCCUGGAAUUCAAGCGUGCAAACUGCAAGGAGUUGAUUCCAAUUGCACAGCUUAAUGGUGUCUCAUCUCUCUGUAAAUUAUUUGAUGCCCUUGGAACAGUAGAAAAUGGGGUGGACCCCAAUGACAGUGAAAAUUUUGUCAGGAUGGUGGAGCUGUGGUUCCAGUUCUGCAUGAUCUGGUCUAUCUGUGGCUCUGUUGAUGAAGAUGGACGUAAAAAAAUUGACAAUUACAUUCGUGAAAUGGAGGGGACAUUCCCCAACAAAGACAUGAUUUAUGAAUACUUUGUUGAUCCUAAGGGCAAGACCUGGGUCCACUGGGAAGAUAAGUUAAAGGCAGGGUGGAAAUACCAGCCAAAUGUGCCUUUCUUCAAAUUGAUAGUACCUACUGUAGACACAGUGCGUUAUCAGUACUUGGUGUCCACACUUGUGCGCUCCUUUAACCCAGUCAUGGUAGUAGGACCCGUGGGAACAGGAAAGACUUCCAUGGUAGAAAACACUCUCUCCAAACUUGAUCCAAAGACCUACAGCUUCCUUACAGUCAACAUGUCUGCUCAGACCUCCUCCAACAAUGUACAAGACAUCAUUGAGAGUCGUGUAGAGAAGAGAACUAAGGGUGUGUAUGUCCCCAUUGGUGGAAAGAAACUGUUGACUUUUAUGGAUGACUUCAACAUGCCAGCUAAGGACACAUUUGGCUCUCAGCCACCUCUAGAACUGAUGAGACUUUGGUUAGAUUAUGGCUUCUGGUAUGACAGAGAAAAACAAACCCAGAAAUACAUCAAGGACAUGUUCCUAUUGGCUGGUAUGGGACCCCCCGGGGGUGGCAGAAUGGUCAUCUCAAGACGACUCCAGAGUCGCUUCAAUCUCAUCAACAUGACAUUCCCACAUGAGUCCCAGAUCAAGAGAAUUUUUGGAAGCAUGAUAAACCAAAAGCUGCAGGACUUUGAGGAGGAGGUGAAGCCUAUUGGGGACAUAAUGACCCAGGCCACCAUUGAGAUGUACGAGGCAGUGGUUCAGAAGUUCCUCCCCACUCCAACAAAGAUUCACUACCUCUUCAACUUACGGGAUAUAUCCAAGAUUUUCCAAGGGCUUCUCAGAGCUCAUAAGGAUUUCCAUGACACGAAACAUGCCAUGACGAGACUUUGGAUUCAUGAAUGCUUCAGGGUGUUUUCUGAUCGUCUGGUAGAAGAGAGGGACACUGAGACAUUUGUUAACUUGAUGACAGAGAAGCUGGGAACACUGUUUGAUCAGACUUACCAUAAUAUAUGUCCCAACAAGCAACCACCUAUUUUUGGGGAUUACAUGAAUCCAGACAAUGUGUAUGAAGACAUUCAGGAUAUAAAUCAGCUGAAGAAACAGAUGACGGACUUUCUGGAGGAAUAUAACAGUACCCCCGGAGUGGUCAACAUGGAUCUGGUGCUCUUCAGGGAUGCUAUAGAACAUGUGUCUAAGAUUGUUCGAGUGAUCCGUCAGCCCCGUGGCAACAUGCUGUUGAUAGGAAUUGGAGGGAGUGGUCGACAGAGUCUAACCAGACUGGCAGCCUACAUCUGUGAAUAUACAUCAUUCCAGAUCGAGGUCACCAAACAUUACCGCUCCACAGAAUUCAGAGAUGAUCUGAAGAGACUGUACUGGCAGGCAGGAGUGGACAAUAAGACAUCAGUGUUUAUUUUUAAUGACACCCAAGUGGUGGAGGAGGGAUUUUUGGAGGAUAUUAAUAAUAUCCUCAGUAGUGGGGAGGUGCCCAACCUCUACAAACCGGAUGAAUUUGAGGAGGUGCGAAAUGCUCUGAGUGACAUUGCCAAGAAAGAAGGGAUCGAUGACAGCCCUCAGAGCAUUUUUGCAUUCUUGAUCGAGCGUGUACGAGCCAACAUGCACAUUGUGUUGUGUAUGAGCCCAGUGGGAGAGCCUUUUAGAAACCGGAUUCGUAUGUAUCCCGCCUUUGUCAACUGUACAACCAUUGACUGGUUCAGUGAGUGGCCUGCUGAUGCCUUACUGGAAGUAGCAGACAAAUAUCUCAGUGAGAUCACACUAGGCUCAGAGGAAGAGGACAAGUUGAAGCCAUCCCUUGCCAAAAUGUUCUCUGUGAUGCAUAAAUCUGUGUCAGACUACUCAAAGAAGAUGCUGGCUGAGCUCAGAAGGCACAAUUAUGUCACUCCCACCAACUACUUGGAGUUAGUGUCAGGAUACAAAAAACUUCUAUUCGACAAGAAAAAAGAAAUGGGAGGGGCGGCAGAUAAGCUGCGUAAUGGUUUGAGUAAGAUUGACGACACAAGACAGAAAGUAGAGAAGAUGUCUAUAGAGCUGGAAGACGCCAAGACAAAGGUGGCUCAGUUCCAGAAGCAGUGCGACGAGUACCUGGUGAUCAUUGUACAACAGAAACGAGAGGCUGACGAACAGCAGAAGUCUGUGGCCCAGAAAGGAGAGAGAAUUGCUGAAGAGGAGAGUAAAUGUCAACAUAUGGCUGAUUUAGCUCAACACGAUCUAGAUGAGGCUCUUCCUGCCCUGAACGAGGCCAUUGCUGCUCUUGAUUCUCUGAACAAAAAAGACAUGACAGAAAUCCGAUCCUACGGUCGCCCUCCCAUGCUGGUGGAGAAAGUGAUGGAGGCUGUGAUGAUCCUGCGAGGCAGUGAGCCAACAUGGGCCGAGGCAAAGAGGCAGCUUGGUGAGCAAAAUUUUAUCAAGCAACUGAUGAAUUUUGAGAAGGACAACAUCUCAGAUCGUGUCCUGAAGAAGAUUGGAGGCUACUGUGCACAGUCAGACUUCCAGCCUGACAUCAUUGGUCGUGUAUCAGGUGCUGCCAAGUCAUUGUGCAUGUGGGUACGAGCAAUGGAAGUUUACGGCCGAAUCUAUCGAGUUGUGGAGCCAAAGAAACAGAGACUGAAUGCAGCCAUGUCACAGCUCAAAGAAAAGCAAGAGGCUCUUGCUGAUGCUAAAGCAAAGCUGGCUGAGGUUGAAGCAAAAAUGGCUGAGUUGAAAAAGCAGUAUGAUGAAAAGUUGGCUCAGAAAGAGGAGCUGAAGAGAAAAGCAGAGUACACAGAACUUAUGUUGGAGAGAGCUACUAAACUCAUGUCAGGACUGGCUGGGGAGAAGGAACGAUGGCAGGAAACUGUCAAGGACCUUGAGGAGAGGAUGGGAUACCUUGCUGGAGAUUGUUUAAUGGCAGCAGCAUUUAUGUCCUAUAUGGGUCCUUUCCUGUCUAACUACAGAGAUGAACUGGUACAAAAGAAAUGGAUUGAAGAGGUGAGAAAACUUGGUAUACCAUGUGCUCCAAAUUUCAACUUUUGUGAAUUUAUGGCCAAACCAACUCAAGUUAGAGACUGGAAUAUUCAAGGAUUGCCCAGUGAUGCCUUCUCUACAGAGAAUGGUGUUAUUGUGACCUCCUCUAACAGGUGGCCACUAAUGGUGGAUCCUCAAGGACAGGCCAUCAAAUGGAUCAAAAACAUGGAGGCAUCAAGGGGUCUGAAAGUGAUAGAUCUACAGCAGACAGAUUACAUGAGAACUUUGGAAUCGGCAAUCCAGUUUGGUCUGCCAGUUGUUUUGCAGAAUGUGCAAGAAAAAUUGGAUCCUUCCCUAGAUCCUGUGCUGAACAAAUCAUUGAUGAGAAUUGGUGGUGCCUAUAUGAUUAAGCUGGGAGACAAAGAGAUUGAGUACAACCCUGAAUUCAGAUUCUAUAUUACAACCAAACUGAGUAACCCUCACUACACCCCCGAGAUCUCCACAAAGACCACCAUUGUCAACUUUGCUGUCAAGGAACAGGGUUUGGAAGCUCAGUUACUGGGUAUUGUGGUCAGGAAAGAGCGUCCAGACCUGGAGGAACAGAAGGACAGUUUAGUCAGGAGCAUUGCAGCAGGCAAAAAGAAACUAGUGGAGCUGGAAGACGAAAUUCUGAGGCUGUUGAAUGAAACAAAAGGCUCAUUACUUGAUGAUGAACAGCUGGUAAACACACUGCAGACUUCCAAAAUCACAUCUCAGGAAGUAACAGAACAGUUACAGAUAUCCGAGACCACGGAGGUUAAGAUUGAUGCUGCUAGGGAGGGCUACAGACCUUCAGCACAGCGAGCCUCCAUCCUGUUCUUCGUUCUGAAUGACAUGGGACGUAUUGACCCUAUGUACCAGUUCUCUCUAGACUCCUAUAUUGAACUGUUCAUCAUGUCCAUUGAGAAGAGUCAGCGAAGCUCCAAACUGGAGGAGAGAAUUCAGAAUCUGAAUGAAUACCACACCUAUGCUGUAUACAGAUACACUUGUCGUGGUCUGUUUGAGCGACAUAAGCUACUCUUCUCCUUCCAAAUGUGUGCCAAGAUCCUGGAGGCAGCCAGCAAGAUCAACAUGGAUGAGUACAAUUUCUUCCUCAGAGGGGGAGUGGUGUUGGACCGUGAGAACCAGAUGGACAAUCCCUGCUCAGGCUGGCUCGGUGAUGUGGCCUGGGACAACAUAACAGAACUUGAGAAGCUGACUAACUUCCACGGUAUCAUUACAGCAUUUGAGCAGUAUCCGAGAGACUGGAAUAUUUGGUAUACCUCUGCUCAGCCUGAGGUGGCUCCAUUACCAGGUGAGUGGGAUAAUGCCUGUAAUGAGCUACAGAGGAUGUUACUGGUGCGCUCUCUACGUCCAGACAGGGUGUCAUUCUGUGCCACAUCCUUCAUCAUAAACAACCUAGGCUCUAAGUUCACAGAACCACCGGUCCUAGACAUGCAGCAGGUGGUAGAGGACUCCACCACAAGGACACCCCUCAUCUUUGUCCUGUCCCCCGGAGUGGAUCCCACAAGCUCUCUGAUUCAGCUGUCUGAGGCAAGUGGAAUGGCCCAGAGGUUCUAUUCCUUAUCUCUGGGGCAAGGUCAAGCUCCUAUAGCAACUAGAAUGAUCAAGCAAGGUGUUAGAGAGGGUAACUGGGUGUUCCUGGCUAAUUGUCACCUGUCCCUGUCCUGGAUGCCUCAGUUAGAUAAGCUGGUGGAGCAGCUCCAGGUGGAGGAUCCCCACCCUGAGUUCCGUCUAUGGCUCAGUAGCAGUCCCCACCCUGACUUCCCCAUCUCCAUCUUACAGACCGGAAUCAAAAUGACAACAGAACCACCAAAGGGAUUGAAAGCCAACAUGAAACGUCUGUACAACCUGAUCACUGAGCCUCAGUUCCAGCGAUGCACGAAGCAAGAUAAAUACAAAAAGCUGCUGUUUUGUCUGUGUUUCUUCCAUUCUGUCCUGUUGGAGAGGAGAAAGUUCCUCAUGCUUGGCUGGAACAUUGCCUAUGAAUUUAAUGACUCAGACUUUGAGGUAUCAGAGAGCAUCUUAAGCAUUUACCUGGACGAAUAUGAGGAAACCCCAUGGGAAGCCUUGAAAUACCUGAUUGCAGGCAUAAGCUAUGGAGGCCAUGUUACUGAUGAUUGGGACAGGAGACUGCUCAUGACCUACGUUUCAGAAUUGUUCCAGGACCAAGUGCUCUCUACUCCUUUCUACAAGGUGUCCUCUGUGUCCACCUACUAUGUACCAAAGGAUGGACCCUUAUCAUCUUAUAAGGAGUAUGUCAGCAUGCUUCCUAAUGUAGAUCCACCAGAGGCCUUUGGACAGCACCCUAAUGCCGACAUUCAGUCCCAGAUUCAGGAGACGAGGAUGUUGUUUAACACACUUCUAUCUCUACAGCCACAGGUGUCGGCAGCUAGUGGAGGAGAAAGUCGGGAGGAUAAGGUUCUAGAUCUGGCAGCUAACAUCUUUAAACAGAUUCCUGAGAAUAUUGACUAUGAGAACACAGCCAAAAUCUUGUCCAUCGACCCAUCCCCUCUGAAUGUGGUACUGUUACAAGAGAUUCAGCGAUACAAUGCCUUGUUGGUAGAGAUCCGACACUCCUUGACAGACUUGGAGAAAGGAAUUCAGGGAUUGGUCGUCAUGACUGUAGAACUAGAGAAUAUAUUCCAAUGUAUUUUUGAUGGCAAUGUUCCUCCAUCAUGGUUGAAGGCUUAUCCAUCUCUGAAACCAUUGGCAGCGUGGACUAGAGAUCUGGUCCAGAGGGUGGAACAGUUUGAGAAGUGGGCACUCACAGCUCAUCCUCCGACUAUAUUCUGGAUGUCCGGCUUUACAUUCCCCACGGGUUUCCUUACUGCUGUACUGCAGACAUCAGCUCGUUUGAACAGCGUUUCUGUGGACUCACUGUCCUGGGAAUUCAGUGUGAUGACUGUUGAUGACUCCAAUAUCACUGGACCUCCUAAGGAUGGUGUAUACAUAAAAGGCCUUUUCCUACAAGGAGCAGGCUGGGAUAAGAAGAACUCUCACUUGGUGGAGGCCAAUCCAAUGCAGUUGGUGUGCCUGAUGCCAACCAUUCAUUUCAAACCAGUAGAAAACAAGAAGAAAACUGCUAAAGGUAUGUAUAUGGCACCGUGUUACUACUAUCCUAACCGUGCGGGAGGAAUGGGCAGGCCGUCCUUCGUGGUGGCAGUGGAACUGAAGGCCGGAGAGAAGGCCCCCGAUCACUGGGUGAAGAGGGGAACUGCUCUACUGAUGAGCUUGGACUACUAACUGUGAUAAAAAAAACUAUGAUACAACAUGUCAAGUGAAAACCUUUAGAGUUUAAAGAUGAUAUACAAGGAGAUUCAAUAUCAUAAAGCACUUAUGAUAAAUAAGAGGACUGAUACUGAACACUCUUUUGAUGAAAAAAUGAAAAGACAUAAGUCUGCUUUAAAAAGAACCAUUAAUUAUGUUGGUAAAACAAAUGAACCAAUUGAUUUUUGAUUGGGAUUUUGUCUUGUGUUAUUUUUGUCAUUCUUAUGAUUGCAUUGUUUUGUUUUUUAUACCAGUAUUUUGACUAAUUUAUUGAUAAAACU